AUGUCGAUCGUUCUCAAGGUCGAGCUGGAGCAACCAAGUACAGGAAUCCCUGCCCAAAAAAUGAUCUUGAAAGUGUACGAUCGCCAACACUCUCUUGAACUGCGCAAGUCCUUGAGCACAGGCCCAGCGACCAAAGCAAGCGAAGAACAGUUCGCUACCUUUUUGCGCGGGGGCCUCUUGCCUCCUUUUCUCGCAGAAUGUGAGGAGAACGGAGCGUGGGUGUCAUCGGUGUAUGCGCAAUGGGGUGUGGAGGGACGGGAGGCAUUGGCUUACAUGAAAUCAACUCAGAGCCACGAAGUCGAGCUCAAGGUAUACGAACAGCUUGUCGAUAUGCAAGGAGUCCACGUCCCAACUAUCUUCGCAGAUGUACGAUUACCCCCCCAGCACGCCGCCAUGGAGAAAGAUGAAAGCCUCGCUCACUACACCGAAAUCAGAGCCAUUCUCAUGGAACACAUAUCUGGGUUUCCCCUCAGUGAUCUUGUCACAGAGGUGCCCGAGUCUGCCUGGGCGUCUGUAUGUGACCAGGCGAUCGAGAUCAUCAGGGAAAUUGCUGAACACGACUUUAUCAACUUCGAUGUCAAACCCAGAAACACAAUCGUUCGACCAAGCGAGGAAAGUCUGUACCAUGUGUUCUACUUGGACUUUGGUGAGUGUUGCGUUCGCGACCCGUCAGAGUCAGAUGGGAUAUGGCAGGAACGCAAGCGCCAGAGGAACGAAGAGGGAGCUGUGGGCUUCGUCAUGAUGAACUACAUCUCACGUGCAAAGGGCAAGAACGGGCGUAAGUACAAAGGGACUUUGCCUUUGCCUUGGGAGUACAAACCUUCUUUACGGUUCCAGGGAGACUACUUCAGCCAAUGUAAUAAGACUAGUAGAGUAAAAUACCGAGCAGAAACUAGCUAG